AUGGGUGACAGGAAUGAAACCACCGUCAUGUACUUCAUUCUCCUGGGAUUUCCCACCUCUGCUGAACUGCAACUGCUCCUCUUUUCUGCUUUCUUCCUGGCUUAUUCAUUAACUGUUUUGGAAAAUAUCGUUAUAAUUCUUAUUAUCCGAACUAACCAUAGUUUGCAGAAACCCAUGUAUUUCUUCCUGGGGAACUUGGCUUUCUUGGAAAUCUGGUAUGUUUCUGUCAUUGAGCCAAAGAUGUUAGUAGAUUUCCUCUCUCAAGACAAACGCAUAUCAUUCCAGGGGUGCAUGACUCAGAUGUAUUUCUUUGUGACUUUUGUUUGUACUGAGUACGUCCUCUUAGCUGUUAUGGCCUACGACCGCUUCUUGGCCAUAUGCAAUCCUCUCCGAUAUCCACUCAUCAUGAACUAUCGAUUCUGUGUUCAGCUAACAGCUGGCUGUUGGAUAUGUGGUUUGAUCACCUCUUCCAUCAAGCUGAGCUUUAUAGCUCAGCUCUGGUUCUGCAAUGCAGACAAAAUUAAUCAUUAUUUCUGUGAUAUUUCACCUCUACUGAAUAUCUCCUGCAGUGAUUCCUCUUUGACUGAGCUAGUGGAUUUCAUCUUGGCUCUGAUGGUUAUCAUGGUGCCACUGUGUACUGUGGUCACCUCAUAUAUUUGCAUCAUGUUCACUGUGUUGAAGAUCCCUUUUUCUCAGGGGAGGCAAAAGGCAUUUUCUACCUGUAGCUCCCACUUGACUGUAGUAGUGUUGUUCUACUCUACCACCUUGUUCACUUAUGCCCACCCAAAGGUUAUGUAUACCUACAGGGCUAAGCUGGUAUCAGUAGUAGUACAACUCCUGAAUCCACUCAUAUAUUGCCUCAGAAACAAAGAAGUGAGAUUUGCCCUGCGGAAGACCUUCACUUGCCCAAGAAACACCUAA